AUGGAAGCUUCAUAUUCAAGUCAGCUAAAGCAUAAAUCAACCACAUCAUUAACCCAAAGUGAAGAACACACAAGAAGCACACAAAUGUCUCAUCCUUCUCUCCUAAUUCAGAAAAGCCCAGCUUAUGUUGGCCUUUCAAGCCUGUCAACACGCAUUUCUAAGUUUCAGUCUUUUAGCACUGAUCCUCUGUAUAAAUUUUCAGUAAUUUCUCCCUCCAAGCCUGAUAUUUCUGUUGUUCUUGACAGAAAUGAGUUUAUAUCAGCCGAUUUGGUCAAUUUAAAAGCUACCUUAGCUCAUCUUCAUGAAAAAAGCCCUUUUCGAAGAGGAAACGUCCAAGAUGUAGUCAAUCCUUUAGACUAUUAGGAUUAAAUUCAGGUGAUAGCAUAUUGCAGCGCACUCACCAAAGAUCUUCCGUACAGGAGGCUCUACCGCUUUUCAACUCCUGAUCAGAUGCUCUGUGUCACUUCCGGUGCCUUCUGUCUCCUUCUUGCCUUAAGGCUUCCGUCUUGAGUGGGAGGCUUAUGGAUUUCUGCUGCUACGGGUGAUUGGAGUAGCUUGAUUCCAAGGAUCAACUCCUUGGAGUCUGUCGGGUGCCGAAGUUCCUUCCUUCGACAGCUACAGGAAAAAAACUACUCCCUGUGGCCUGGUUUGAAACCCCAGUUUCUCAUAGAGGAAUGCUAAUGGGUCCUCGGAUCCAAAGGACUUUGUUGAGCAUCUCCAUUUCCAGCAGAAAAGCAGCCAAAACCUACCCGGAUACCCAUGUCUUGAGCCAGAACUCAAUUUCGGGCUUGGAGUCUGUUCCAGUUCUCUGCAGCCAUAAGGUCUGGACUGCUGCGCCAAGAGGUCAGGUUGACACAUGCCGCAAAUUUAAUAUAUAUAGUCAACCCUUUAGACACAGAUCAAAGUUCAGUUCACGGCGUUCCUAAGAACUCUCUUAAUUUAAGCAGUACUUAUUCACAAGCACUUAUGAGCCGAGGUUCCCUACAAAGUGAAGUAAUGCCUUUUAACCUGGCAGAAGAAAUGGCUAAAGAUCAAGACUCUUUUUCAAUGGAGAGCUCUUUUCGUUCAUCAGCGGCUUUUAGCGAUCUUCCUGAUAAACCUGACAUUUCUUAUAAUUCAAAAGCACUUAUACUACAAAUUCAGAGAGAUUUCCAAUGUAGACAAGAAGAUGAUUUACAUUUGCAUUCAAUUACCCCAGCAAGCUCAUUGGUUAAUUCUGACGAAAGUGGAGAAAUGACCCCAGUAAGUUUAAGAAGCAGCAAACCUAUGUUUGAUGAGAAUAGCAGUGUCUCAUAUAGCCAUCAAGGAGAAGAAUUUUUAUCCUCCAAUAGGCUGAAUCAUAUACUAGCCUGAUAGGUUGAUUGUAAAAUCUAAAUAAUAAAAAUUGAAAGACCUUUUUCAAUUUUAGUCAAUCAAUAUGGCUUAGCAUAUAUAAUUCAACAAAUUUGGAAUUAAGUAUGAUGGAAUGAGAAGAAAAAAGGAAAAGCAAAACAAUCAGUGAAGAAAGUUUAGAAAUACCAAAUCUCAACGAAAAUUAUAUGGCAAGAACUAACACUGAUGCAAGCUGCAUAGCUGAAUUAGUCCCAGAGCAAGAAAAUGAAAACAGCACUUUUUUAUUUAAAAGCAUCGAAGCGCUAAGAAAAGCAAAAAUAGCAAGAUUUUCAAUUGCAGAAAGCGAAAUAAGCUCUCCUCCAGAAGAUGAAGGAUCAAUCAGAAUAAGCGUAGCUAACAGGUUAUUUUUAAAUGGACAAACUGCAAGUAAAGCAAAAAUGCGAACAGUCUACGAUUCUCCACAGCACGAGUUCAGACAAUUGCAGCCUAAGAUCCUAACUGACUCUAUGUCUUUUGCAAUGAGCACUUUUCCUCCUGAGUCUCAGCGAUCAGUCAUACCAUUCCCAGACGUUAAUUCGCCUCUCAUAAAAAAGCUUGUGGUAUGUGAAGAAAACCCUAACUCCAACUCUGAGAUAAAGAACAACAAAGAAAUAAUCCCUGUCACCAUACAAUAUUCGUUUGCUGCUUGUGGAUAUGCUACAGUGCCCCUGCUUGAAUUUUCUAAAUCUGAAGGGAAAAGUAAAGGCUUCAUUUUAUAUGACGAUUCUAAGCAGCUAUUAAACUGUAUGCUUCCUACUAAAAUUUUGAAAGAGCUCAGCCAUAAUCCUGUGAAGUGGAUUUCUUGUGGAUUUGAGCAUUGCGCAGCUAUAACAUGUGAUGGGAAAGUCCUCACAUGGGGAUAUGGAGCUUCAGGCUGCUUAGGCCAUGGAGACACAAAUACUUAUUUAUCGCCUACAAUUGUGAAUUCUUUAUUCCAAGAAAAUAUCGUCUAUCUGGAAUGUGGUGGCUACCAUAAUGCAGCUAUUACAGAAGAUGGCGAUGUCUGGGUAUGGGGUCGAAAUGACGUGCAUCAGUUAGGCCUUAGCUUUUCAAAAAUCGCUAAAGAUGAUAUUGGGCAUGUCGCUUUACGACCAAUUAAGGUUAAAGGAUUGCAAGAAGUUUGUAUAAAAGGGAUCGCUUGCGGAGAAGCUCACACUCUUGCAUUAGACUCAGAUGGAGUAAUUCAUACUUUUGGAUGGGCUGAAGAUGGACAGUUGGGAAUUUAUCCUUCAGAAUUAAAAGAUGGGAUGAUGACCACUGAUAUUAAAGAAGUCUCAUCAAUAAAGCAAAAGGUGGUUAAAGUUUCUGCAGGGUCAAUUUUUUCUGCUUGUAUAACAGAAGUUGGAGAAGUCUAUGUAUGGGGAAAUGGAGAGCAAGGGCAACUCGGCCUUGGGAAUAAUAUAAAAAGGGUCGAUUUCCCAACUGUUAUAAAUACUUUGAGGAAUGAAAAUAUUAUUGAUUUAGAAUGCGGAGAAAGCCAUGUAAUUUGCUUGACACAAAGCGGAAGAAUUUAUGGAUGGGGUCAAGGCAUUGUUGGAGAUUUUGGGAAUGAUAAAAUGUUUCCAAGAGGGUCUGAUAUAAUUUGUUCAGUUCCAAGGGUGCUUAGUAAUGUAGAUAUUGCCCAUAGAUACAUCAUGAAGAAAAAAGUAAACCCAUUAGAUGAUUUAGCAGCCCAGUUGACUGCAAAACUUAUGAAACUUCAACAAUGCUAA